AUGAAAGAUGCUUAUUACACUUUGAAUGUAUUUACAUCUGUAAUUGAAAAUCUAACCUUGACCAAAAUUAAUAAUAUUUUCAUAAAAUCAUUGCGCAGUCGAGAUAAUAUUCAGAGUAAUGCUAUUACAUCUGCAGAUUUUAUUCAGAUUAUUAAUUGUCCCAUUGAAGUAUACUUAAAGACAUGGCUGAGAGAUUAUAGUUUUAAGACAGAUUUAGUUCUUAAGUUUCCUAACACUUUUGGAAAUUUUAGUCUGGAAUGUAAUCUGCAAGAAUGCGUUUUGAACCCAUGCAUCAUGCCUUAUGGCCAUGUAUUUCAAUUACAGACAGAUGCAAUGUCUGUACAGUUAGGAGGCUCAAGCAGAACUGCUUCAAAUGUGACAGUGCCUUUGCAUACAUUAGAAGUAAUAAACCGACUUCCACAAGGAGCUUUGUCCGACAUAUCAGUAAUAGGAGUCCCAUAUACAAUUACAGCAACAAAUUCUGUCAAUAUUAACUUUGAUAAGUUAACUGAAAAUUCAAAUAGAUUUCGAGCAUUAUGCUACAGCCUCGGAACUAAUGAAGAAUGUCUAUUAUGUAAACAAUAUUAUGAUACACAGGAUAAAAAUGCAUUUGUGUAUGGAAGAUUUGUUAUCAUCCCAGGAAAUAAUAUAAUGAUAGUUCAAGCAUUAGCUGUUUCAGAGUUAUUGCAGCCUUUUCACUUUAGUCAGGGUUUAAAUAGUACAUUAAAUGCAGAGGCAACAGCAUUCAUUCGUUCAGUUUUAGAAGGAGUACCGAUAUUGAAUGAAUACAAUCCAUCAGAGCAUAAAAGUGGAUUGUUAGAAGCUGUAACCCUACAUUCAGCUAAUAAGAAUAUUUUUGGGUCUGAGACUAAAACUUACAAUUACAAAAAUUCAAAUAAAGCUUCAGAUAUUAUAAACACUGAGACAGAAACUGUUUCCAGUUCCAACGAAAAUGAAGAAAAUGAAGAAUGUAAUAACAACAAAAAAUUUCAAAUAUUCAUAACAAGUGCUGGUAGUAGUAAACAAAAAAAGAUUCCAAUUAAGACAAGAAAGAGCUUACCAGCAAAAAAACCUAAAGUAAAAGACUUUGAAUUACCAGACCAUCCAGCUCUAAUGGAUGAAGAAGAUAUAAAGAAGUUAAGACAAUUGUUUAAAAAGAAAUAAUUGUUAAUAAGCUUCAAUUCAAGCAAGCUCAGUAUUAAAAUUUAUUGAAACAAGAAAAAGAAACUUGAACCAAAAGAUAUUUUUCUUCUCUUUUUAUUUAUGAUAGGCAUACAUGAAUUAUAAAUUCUGAAGUGAUGUUACAAUUUAAUGUAUAAAUAUGAAAUAUUUUGUGUUGUAUCAAUCAUUUUAUAAUUUU